GAGACAGUAAUAGGAGAGGUGGCUCGGGUUGUACGGAGGCCGCGCGCUGAAAAAUGUUGCAAUUAUAUUAAUUUAUUGUCGGUUUAAAUAAAUAGAAGUCGUCAAGACGCGAGCACGAUUCAGUUACUGUUCUCGUGACACGCUUAAUGUUUAUCUUUUCUUUUGUUAUCACUCUUGACCACACGUGGCUUCGUAUUGAAAAUAAUUAUUAUAAUACACCAGUGUGAGGUUUGGACUCGAUGAGAUUGCGUACAUAUUCGGGAGGCGAGAAUCAAGAUCUUUAUAAAAUAAAGUGCCAGAGAAAUCUAAAACAGUUUUAAUUUACAUCUCGCGUUUAAAACAAGUGUUUUAUCAUCAAAAUAAUCGAAUUAAUAAAGUAAACAAAAUAAGUAUCUAAGUCAUUAUCUUCAUUUAGUUGAAAAUAAACAAGAAAAAGGAUAGAACCCAUAGCAAGAGACUGAGUGGCCUGGAGGUAAUAGACAAAUCUCAAGGGUUGAUUUGAAAAAUUACACAUAACGAUAUGGAGUUUGUAAGGGAGGAAUGAUAGAAUGCAAGAAGGUAGUACUGCGGUGGCGCUAGCAAUGGUGACUCCUGGGUACGAUCAGGACCCUGCAAGUGGGGUUGCCGAUUAUACAACGCACCAGGAUCAAGCUCAAUUUGAAGCUGAUAAAAGAGCUGUAUAUAAACAUCCUCUGUUCCCGCUAUUGGCGUUACUAUUCGAGAGAUGCGAACAAGCAACACAGAGUUCGGACAAUUCAACAUCCGAAAGCUUCAACAUGGACAUACAGGCUUUUGUCCAGCACCAAGAAAGAGACCGAAAGCCUUUUUUAAUCAAUGACCCAGAGAUUGACGGUUUAAUGAUAAAAGCUAUUCAGGUGCUACGGAUUCAUCUGUUAGAGUUAGAAAAGGUUCAAGAAUUGUGCAAGGACUUCUGCAACAGGUACAUUUGUUGUCUCAAAGGGAAGAUGCAAAGCGAAAAUUUAUUACGAAGCGACUACAGUCAUCACGGGCACGACAUCGGUCCAUCAAGUGGCAGCAACGGGAGCAGUCCACUGCAGGUGCUGUCAUCUACAGGCAAUGAUGUUGAGCCGGGAACUAACGGACUCGGAGUGAGUAGAGGAGACACGCCGUCCGAGAACGGCAGCACGAGCCAGGAAAUCGUCCAGGUCGAAGGCAUCAUCGAGAGGCCUUCAUCCGCCCGAUCUUCAUCUGUUGCUCAACGCUCCAUCAGAUCCGACAGUCAGGACCAGGAUGAUCCACUGUCACCUUCUACCGUUCAUGGUAGUACACCUCUCUCUCAAAUUGGAGCCCAUCCUUGUGCUUCUGUCAACGAUAUUUAUCUUGGUCAAGAUAUUACCGUUCCAGGAUCUCCUUCCUCUAUACCCAGUGAAGAUGAAGAUGAAGGAUGUGGAUCUACACCUUCAAACCAUACCAGUGGUAGUGGAAGCAAUCGAAAGGGUAGACAAAAGCGCGGUGUACUUCCUAAACAAGCUACUAGCAUCAUGCGUGCUUGGUUAUUCCAACAUUUAGUUCACCCGUAUCCUACGGAAGAUGAAAAACGUCAAAUAGCAAGUCAAACGAAUUUGACGUUACUUCAAGUAAAUAAUUGGUUUAUAAAUGCGCGGCGACGAAUUUUACAACCAAUGUUGGAUGGAGCAGGUGCUGAAGCUCUUCCACGUUCAGGUAAACGACACAAAGUUAUGAAACAUGUUGUACAACAGCAGCAUCAACUGCACCAACAACAGCAGCCAAGCGGUUGGCAGUCAGGAGAUUCGGAAAGCGACUCAGGUUCUAGUGAUGGUGAUGGAGGAGCCGAGAGAUUUAAAGACGGCAAUGAUAGUGAUGAGGAUCAUCUUCACUGACCUCUGUCAUUUAUUAAUAUGUCGUUAACCUCUCUGUGGUACCUUCGAACCAAGUUGCUCAUUACAGUAUUAAGGUAUUCGAGGUUAGAUAACGCUUUAACUGUCAAAUACGUAAUUAAUCACGUGAAUAUCAGGGAUUCGUGGUUAGAAGUUAUCUCGCUCUUGUACCGGCUAAUAAUCUUCAUUUUCAUUCAUCUAUUUCCCAAUUAAAUUUAUUCAAUCAUAGCUGCCAAUAUACAUAACGUUAAUUUAGAUUGAAUAAUAAUGUACGAUCAUUUUUUUUUCUCUUUUUUUUUUUUUUAAUUAAAUUAUAUUUUAUAUUAUUAGGCUGUUUAUCUAUCAUCUAUUUAUAAUAAUCAUUUAGGCUGUUUUGUUAUUAAGAUUUCAUGAAAUAUAAUUUGUAUAGUAAUAAUUGGACGAAUAGCUGGAUUAUUUUGUGGAAAAAAAAAAUUUUUUAUUUUAAUAAUGUGCCAUCGUCAGAGAGUGUGGUAACUUUCACGCGUAAUCUGUUCAGCUCUGCAUCGGCGUGACUUAGCAAAGUGCUGUCCCUCCAAGAUAAUAAUAAUAAUAUUAAUAUUAAAAAUAAUAAUAAUAAUAAUAAUAAUAAUAAUAAUAUAAAACUUCUUAAAUAAAAAUAUAUAACAAUUAUAUUUUUAAAUUCUAAGAUUCAUCUCUGCGCAUGUAACGCGGGCAAUGAUCCUCGAUACUGCUGUACAUAAACCAUACUGAGCAGUUAUGAACAUUAUAAAAUACUUAAUAAUUAAUAUUUGUAAUUUUAGAAGUAAAGAUAAAAAGCAAAAUAAUGUUAAAAUUUAAAGUACUUGCAUAAACGUUAUAUUAAUACGUUGUAAUAAUACUUUUUUCUUGUAAUUCUAAAAGCAUUUUUAACAUGACAUACGCACACGCCACUUGUAGUUUGUAAGAAUUAUUAUUAUUAUAUAUAAUAUUAAUGCAUAUACAAUAUCUGCAUACCAUUAUCAUUUUACGGUAGUCUCUUUUCAUUAAAUUAAAUCAAGAUAUUGUAAAUUUAACGACAAA